AUGGAUCAAUUAGAUAAACUAAGACUAGAUAUAGACGAUAACAAACACGACAACCAAACGUGUCAUAACUGUGUCUCCGCUCUAAACAAUGCAAAACUGGUCAUAAAAAGUGCGGAUUUGAUGAAAUCGACGGCAAAUACUGUAUGUAAAACAGUGGCCGACGCGACCGAUAGGGUAUGUGUGGGCACAUUGACAUCGAUGGCCGAACCCAUAGUAUAUAUACUGCAAAACUCAGCGAUUACUGUACCGGAAAUGUGCGGCGUUUUACUACAUCCCGAUUGCAUGACUCAUACGGGCAAUGAAAUCUCACACGUGGUCAAUUGGGUACUACCACUGCCAGAUCCAAAACCAUUUAACCCAAUGCAGUCUGUGAUGAGUUUGACCCGUAAAAUGUUACACUUGACAGACAUCCAUCCGGACCUAUACUACACGCCCGGCUCUAACGCCCGGUGCUCUGAACCCAUGUGCUGUCGGAGCACAUCCUACGGA